CGGGGAGGGGAGGGAUAGCGCGCAGCAUCCCCGCCUCGGCGGCGGCGGUAUCCCGGAGCCCCGAUGCUGUCGUGCAGCCGGCAGCCCGCGAGCACCGCGCGGCUGCAAACACCACACGCUCGCGGACCUUCCGCCUCCCCCGCGCCUGCGGGCGGGCAGCGCCUCAGCUCCCCUGCCCGGCCGCCUCAGCAGUGCCUGCGGGCGCGCAGUGCCCCGGUUCCCUGCCUGGCUGCUCAGCAGUGCCCGCGGGCGGGCAGUGCCCGGCUCCCCCUCCCGCCCGCCCUCAGCUCUGCCCGGCUGCCUCAGCCGCCCCCAGCCCGCCCCGCAGCCCCGGUGCGGGCACAGGUGCCCGUGUCCCCGCAGGUGCCCGGCCUGCCCGCCCCGGGCUGCCCCUGGCCCUGGCCUUCAGCUGGUCCUCGCUCCUGAGGGACCCCCAGAGCUGACACCGUCGCCCCGCGCAGCCCCGGAACGUCCUCCCCGUUGCCCGUGUUCCCUGUGAAAGAAACGUGUGCCUGUCUGUAAUAAGCCAGUGACAUCCUUCUCUCCUGUUAUUUCUAAGUCGUCUGAUCCGUUGCUCUGCCUAUGCGUUGCGCUGCCAUCGCCGCUCCUCCGCCCUCCAUCAGCUCGCUGUGCGUUCUGCAUCCGCACAGCGACGGGGCGGCUACACGUACAAAAAAGGAUAACGUGUUUCUUUGAAUCCCGGGAGCCUUGGUACUUGAAAAGUAGUUGCGAUACUUUACCAUAAGGAGCGAAUCUACUUGGUUACCUUUUAGGACACUUACAGUCUCAUAAACAUGUAGCGUCGUGAAGAUUAAUUCAUGCUUUCUCCUGUCUUCUUGUAUUAUAGUCUUCCUGGUGUUGUGAAGAGUGUUGGUUUCCAAUUAUGUCACUGCUGUUUUGUGGAAUGUCAGAAAAAGAAAUAACUUUUCUAAGAUAAUAUAAGUAGGUACAAAAUUAAGGAUCAGUUCUAGUUUCCAUUAUUAUUUUUUCUCUAAAUAGUAGUUCAUACUGUAUUUUUAAAUCAUAAUGGUGAGGAUUUUUAAGUGGUACUUUUGUGAUCUAGUUUUGGGUCAUUCAUAAGUAAUUUUACUAAGUAAGACCAUUGAGAAAUAACAGUUUCCUUUUGGUUUUCUUUCUAACCAUCUACUCUUAAAUGCAGAGGCAGAUUCUGAUAAGAUGAAAAUGCUCAUCUUAUCUAUGUGCAUGCUGAACUGUAGAAUUGGCUGGUUUAUAGUGUGUUUCCUGCAAGCACAUUUUGAAUCUUGCUAGAUGAUAAUUCUUGUGACCAUCUGCUGUGAAACUGUGAUAAGUUCCAAGAAAUAAUUUGGUUAUUAUAUUAUUAAAGGGCUUUAUUUUAAUAUUCUCUGUACCUUUGUAAACACUUUGGCUAGCAAAAGGAAGAAGGACAAAGUCACAGUGAUUGUGCAUGGGGGCUGUAAAUCAUGAAGGAAAGAAAGGAGCUUGGGGGCCCUUGUGUAAAGGUGGUAGGGAAAUGGCAGUUACCUGGACACUGGGACAUGUCCCAGUUAUUUAGGUGAGGAGUAACCUCAGACUAAAGUAUGCUACCAAGGACAUUGCUUUACUAUAUAGGCAACUAUAUACUUGGAGAUACAGAAUAUGUAUGCAAAUCAAAUCCAGUGUGAGUAAAUAUUCUUUAAAAUAACUCAGUGUGACAGCAAAUCAAGAGAGUUCAAUAGGGGAGUAUCCUUUAAUGAGAAGUCAUUGCCUUUUAGCACAAACUAUUCAAUUUGACUUUGAAAUUUAGUGUUGCUCCAUAAGGUAAUUGGUUCCCUGCAGGCUGCAUAAAAAUAUUUUUUUCUGAGGCCAGCAGUAGAUCUUUAGGAUCAGUGGUAAUUUAGAAAAUCACAGUUGGCUUCUUUUUAAGGAAACAACCAAACCUGAACCUGAGGGGCAAGGCAGUUCUCCCCUGAAUAGCAGCAGCUCCCAUGUUGGCUGGGGUCAAACCACAGUUCUUGGUCAAGCAGGCUGAUGUGUCCUCAGAACUGGCCAGGGGCUGGGGUGGACCCUCAUUUUCUUCUUGCCAGAGUAACUCUGCACAUUGAAGACUUGCAUAGGAAAGGUGUUAUCUUGCUGGCCAUUAUUGCCUUUGAAUAGUGGUGACAUAAACAUAACUGAUAGUACUGGACUUGUUGGGUUUUUAUUGCUAAAUUUUUCCAGGCAUCAAGAUAUGUAGAUGGGUAUGCUAUGGAUAUUAGAGCUAAUUUUGUCUUUUUUAUGCUUUUUUAUUUCCUUAUUUAGCAUUACACGGAAAAUACUACUAUGGUGAUUAAAUACUGAAAUUAAUAAGCACAAUUUAUUUAUUGGAUUUUAAUAUGUUUCUUGUUAGGAAGGAACGCUGUUCUAUCAAGAGAUUGUGCAGUGUGUUAUUGCUGUAACAUACUAGCACACCAACUUUUUAGUUAAGAAUGUGCAAAACUGCAAACCAAAAAGAUUCCAUUUUUAAAAAAUGCAGGAGUUUUGAAUUAUUCCUACAAAUAUAAUGAAACAUCAUGGUAACUUUUCUAUAACAAAACCAGUCUCUUUUUUUGGCAGUGUCAUUACUAAAUCACUACCUGCAUUGGUUACCAAAUGUUAAAAACACAUGGAAAUCAUUGUGAAACUUCACAUUUAGAAAUAGUUCAGAGAUUUGAUGUGCUCCUUGUGAUCAUCUUCACAGGUGUGCAUUCACCGUGUUAGAUGGUGCAGCAGCAUUCGUGUUAUAAAAUCAAAAUAUGUGUGCGUGUUUGACAAAUCUGCCCUCAAGUUUAGUCAUCAACAGCGAUUAUUCAGAACAUCUGCUGUUUCGUGUGGCCAGAUUGUCCAGUUUAAGCUUUCUGACAUUGGAGAAGGGAUUACAGAGGUGACUGUAAAAGAAUGGUACAUAAAAGAAGGUGACAGUGUGUCUCAGUUUGACAGUAUCUGUGAAGUACAAAGUGAUAAGGCUUCUGUUACUAUUACCAGUCGUUACGAUGGCAUCAUUAGAAAACUCCAUUACAGUAUAGAUGAUAUUGCUUUUGUUGGAAAACCAUUAGUGGACAUUGAAAUUGAUGCUUCUAAAGGUUUUGCCUCAGAAAAAGAUGUUGUGGAAACCCCUCCUAUGUCUCAUGAAGAGCACACUCACCAAGAGAUAAAAGGUCACAAAACAUUAGCAACCCCUGCAGUUCGUCGCCUGGCCAUGGAGAACAAUAUUAAAUUGAGUGAAGUUGUUGGAACAGGGAAAGAUAACAGAAUCCUUAAAGAAGACAUACUCAAUUACUUGGCCAAACAAACAGGAGCUAUUUUACCUCCAUCACCAAAGGCUGAAAUUGUCCCACCUUUGCCCAAAUCAGAGACUGUGGCAGCUGCUCCAAAGGACAAAGCACGCAAAAUCCCAGUACCUGUUUCCAGACCCAUUGUGUUUUCAGGAAAAGAUAGAACUGAACCUGUAACAGGUUUUCAGAAGGCAAUGGUAAAGACUAUGAGUGCAGCCCUGAAGAUACCCCACUUUGGUUAUUGUGAUGAGAUUGAUUUGACUCAGCUUGUUCAGUUGCGAGAAGAGCUGAAACCUCUGGCUGAAAUCCGUGGAAUUAAGCUUUCCUUUAUGCCUUUCUUCAUAAAGGCAGCCUCUCUGGGAUUAUUGCAGUAUCCCAUUCUUAAUGCUUCCUUGGAUGAAAACUGUCAAAAUGUCACAUAUAAGGCUUCCCACAACAUUGGAGUUGCGAUGGACACGGAGCAAGGUUUAAUUGUCCCAAACGUGAAAAAUGUCCAAGUGUGUAGCGUGUUUGACAUUGCUUCUGAAUUGAAUCGCCUGCAGUCCUUGGGCUCUGCAGGCCAGCUGGGAACAAGUGACCUCACUGGGGGAACAUUCACACUUUCAAAUAUUGGCACAAUUGGUGGCACUUAUGCCAAACCAGUGAUACUACCUCCUGAAGUAGCUAUUGGAGCACUUGGAAAGAUACAGGUUGUUCCUCGGUUUAAUGGGAAAGGUGAAGUCUUUAAGGCACAGAUAAUGAAUGUGAGCUGGUCAGCUGAUCACCGCAUCAUUGACGGAGCGACCAUGGCCCGGUUUUCUAACCUGUGGAAAUCUUACGUGGAGAACCCUGCUUCGAUGCUGCUGGACCUUAAAUAAAGGAACCCAUGGCUAGAACAUGCCUUUAAA